AUGUUGCGCCUGGAAAAACUUGCGAAUGACAAGGGAUUCAAAAUUUACCAGUAUUCCGAUAGUUCAGACACUAUCAAUGACGCUUUCGAUGAUAUGGGUUGCGAUGAGUCCCCCAUCAUAGCAGACGUGCUCCUUCAAAUAAAGAUGGUAAAGCUAUAUAGCCCCUUAAAAAUAACGGAAUGUGUAAAGAAAUAUGUUGGAAUUAGACUAUUUAUUCUGUGUACCUUUCACUCAAACGACGACAUUUUAGGAACACAACCGCAAUACCUUUAUAGAGUAUAUAGAGAGUCAAAGAAUAUCAUAACUCCCACUUUUACAAGCCAGGAAAAUGGAAGGUGUGAGUGA